AUGGGAGACUUUAAUUCUAUUUUGCAUACUGAAGAUAGAGUGGGAGGCAAUCCUAUAACCUUGGCUGAAAUAGUAGAGUUUCAGCAGUGCAUAGAGCAAUGUGAGCUGCUUGAAUUACCAACCAGUGGGAGCAGGUAUACCUGGAAUGAUAGGCAUGGAGAUAAUAGGAUCUUAUCAAAGAUUGAUUGGGUAUUCAUUAAUACAGCAUGGCUCAAUUCAAUGCCAGUCUAUAUGGCUUACUAUUUAGAGGAGGGAAUAAGUGAUCAUUUCCCACUUAAGCUAUCAAGUGCUAACUCACCUAGGAGGGUCAAAGCUGCUUUUAAAUUCUGUAAUGUUUGGGCCUCUCAUCCAAACUUUAUAGAUAUAGUUAAAGAGGGAUGGGGACAGAAUGUUGAAGGAUGUAGUAUGUUCAAAGUGGUUAAGAAGCUAAAAAUGCUAAAGCAAAAACUAAAGGUGUUGAAUAGAAGUUAUUUCAGUAAUGUUAUUGAAGAAGAUGAUGCAGACAGAAUGGCUUUGGCUGCAACUCAAGUAGAGCUUCAUAGAAAUCCACUGGAUGUUGAGCUACAGCUAGAAGAAAUACAGAAGUUCCAAAAAUUCAAGAGAUCAUCUUAUUUGGCAGAAGUAUACCUUCAACAAAGGAGCAAAGCUACUUGGAUUAAGUUGGGAGAUGAUAAUAAUAGAUAUUUCUUUUCAGUGAUAAAGCACAGAAGGUUGCAAGAAGCCAUUAUCCAAAUUGCUGAUAAGUUUGGAUGCCUGAAACUAAGCAGGAAGAGAUAUCAUGUAUAUUUGUGGAGUAUUAUCAGGAGCUACUGGGGACAAAGGGAAGAUACAGGGAUCAUGCCAUUCAGAGCUUUAUGA